AUGACUUAGGUUUAUUUUUAAGUUAGAGAGUUUUAGCCAAAAAAAUAUAUUAAAAAAGAGGGAAAAUUUUAGCUAGUUGAGAAUAAUAAAGUAGAUGAUUUUUAUUACUAACACGAAGUAGAUAGCACCUAUAAGAUUAGUAGGAAAUAAGUUAAAAUUACUUUUGAUGUUGUAAUAGACAUGAUUCACAGCUAGAAUAUAGAAUUUUAUGAUGAAAAAAUUGAAAUAGCUGAAUAGAACAGUGAAAAACCUAUCAUUAUUGAAAAAAAUGGAUCUUUUAUAUUAAACUAAAAUAAUGACGGAAAUUUUUAUUUCUACCUUUAAAUAUUGUAGCCAUAAAUAAAAUUAAAAUAUAAAUAGUAUAAAGAUGAAUAGUAGGUAGAGGAGUAAAAUCUUUCUGUGUAGAAAUAAAAAAUGGAUGAAAAAUAGGAAGAUGAAAGUGAAAGUGAAUCAUUUUUGUUUGUGACAGCUAAACCAAAAAAUUUGGAUACACAUUUAUAGACAUAUAGCGAACUAAGAGUAAUAAAGGAUUCUAUGACUAAGAAAGCAGAUAUAUUGAUUUCAACACAAUUUAAUCAAAUAAAGAAGUCUCUUAAAACUAAUAAAAUAGAAUUUAUCCACUUUUCAACACAUAUAGAGCGAGAUGAUAAAGAAGGUGAUUCCAUUACUUUGGAAGAUGAAAACUAUGUUAAAAUAAAAAUCAAAGUAAAUUAAAUAUACACUUUUACUGUUUUGAAAUAUAUGAAUUUAUUUAUAAAUAUACGGUAUUGCUAAAUUAAAAUAAUAGAUGAGCAUUUAUUUCAUAUUUAUGUUUGA